AUGGACGAGUCAGAUGAUGGGGAGGCUGAUCCCAGCCCACCGCCGCCGCCUCCUCCACCUGAGGAGCGUGAGCGCCGCCCAUCGAAUUCAAAGCUCACAAAGAGUGAGCGCCUUGAGCGGCAGGCGGCAGAGAAGCCAUCAGCAGAGUCAACACGGCUUUGGCACCUGCUCCAGGAGAAAAAGAGUAGAGCAGUGGCUGAGUGGCUGAGCAACCCAGAUGGGCAAAAGGAAGUCAACAUCAAGGAUAAAGCCUUCGGGUGGACCCCAGUACACUUUGCAGCGCAUCUGGGUUCUAAUCACCUGGUGAAGCUGUUGGUGGAUGGGAAAGCACACGUCGACGCUUCUUGCAGCGAAGGCAACACGCCGUUGAUGUGUGCCGCGCGGCAAAACAACGUCAGCGCCGCCAACUACUUGGUUGCCAAAAAGGCCAACAUGAAUUCCGUCAACAACAACGGCUGGACAGCUUUGAUCUGGUGCGCCAUCAACGGCUGUGAAGAUGUGGCGACUGCCCUGCUGACCUCAGGCGCAAACUAUCUCAAAGCCGAUAACGAGGGUCGCACUGCAUGCAUGUGGGCUGCACGCCAUGGGCACUUGUCCAUGGUGGAGACUCUUCUGGCCAAUGGUCUCAACUUGCUGCAGGCCGAUGAAGCCGGCCUGACGGUGUAUGAUCACGCGCAGGAACAACUAGAGAUGCGCAGUAUGAUCGCAGCCGUCCAGGAGGUGAACGAGGAGUUACAGGCCGCGGCUAGAAACAAUGACUAUGAUGGUGUGAAACGAGCAAUAGAGGAAGGGGCGAACCUCAACGUGGAGGAUGAGGAUGGCUGGACACCCUUGAUGUGGGCAGCACUUCAUCAAUCUUUGGAUAUGGUCCAGCUUGUCAUCCGACAUGGCGCCAACCCCAACCUCAUUGAUGAGCGCGGGGAGGUGCUUCAAAUGCUCAGCACAGAUCACCUGGCGGUGGGGGAUUCUGUGGUGGAGAUCGUUGGGUGCAACGAGCGAUUGCUGGAGCAUGCGAAGGCGGGGCGCUGGCAAGAAAUUGAUGCCGAGCUCGCCAUUGGGGCCUGGGUGAAUGUCCGCGACGAGGCACGACGCACUGCCCUCCUUUGGGCUGCGCGCCAUGGUGCAUUCGAUGCUGUGACGAACCUGGUUAACAAGAACGCUGAUUUGGACGCUCGGGACGAGAGCGGCUGGCUUCCCGUACAUUGGGCGGCGCAGUCUGGAAGCGUUGAGACCCUGUGCAAUCUACAUCACCUGGGCAGUGACUUUACUUCCCGAACUUAUGUGGGGGAGACGGCGCUUCACAUUGCUGCGCAGUACAAUGAUGGGGCCAUGAUUCAGGUUCUCCUCGCGUCAAAUGCAGAUAUUGAGGAGUUGAAUGUGGACCUGCGAACUGCCCUCCACAUGGCUGCUGCUAACGGACAAACAGUCGCUUUGCAGACCCUUCUUUUCUACAAGGCGGAUCCCGACAAGGUCGUUGAGGAUGACUCUGGUCUGACGGCAUUUCUUCUGGCGGUGACGAACCAUCGAGAGACGGCCGUCCAAGCAAUGCUGCAAGAUGUGCCUGCUCCUCCCAAGCUGCCCCAUUUUCACAUUGCAAGCGUUGCUUCUCCAGAGAAGGCAAAGAAGACAAAGAAUCCUCAUACAGAACGAGAUGCGACGAAGGGUACAGCCUCCAUGAAGAGUAGUCAGGGUUUCCGCGCCAAUGUCAAGCCUUCCUCAUCGGCAAAGGCUGUGGCGGCACCGACUCCAAAGUCGAAGGUGGGCAGCCGCAAGAAGCUGGUAAAGGACACAAGGGAGAAGCGGGGUGAACAUCCACGUGCCUUGCUGGAGACCGCUACGGAGAUCCGAUCCAAGCUGAUCAAGACGACUUAUCCCAGCAUUGCCAGGAAGGUCCUCAAACAAACGGACUGUGAUGCUAGAAGCGCUCUGGGACUUGCAGUGCUCAACCGCAGCUCGAACAUCAUCCAAAUUCUCAUAGAUGCCAAGGCAGACCUCGAAACAACAGACUCACAAAACAAUGGUAUUUUACACUAUGCUGCUAUGAACAGGGAUCGCGAGGUGGUGGCCCUGCUCAUGGAGUUAAAUGUCUGCAUCGACAGGGAAAACAUGGAAGGCAUGAAGCCUUCUGACCUGUGCGAGGAUGCAGACAUUUUGUACAUGAUCGCCCGUAAGUUGGUCAGCAAGAAGCUGGCCAGCAUGCCCGGCCAUCCAAAUCCGGGCCAGCCGACCCCGCCAAAGACUCAUCCAGCAUUGGAAAGUGGGGACCCCGUGCGAAAGCACCGCAUCCGUUUCGAGGGCUUGCAGGUCUCUUUAUCGCAAGAGAACAUUACAGAGCAGUUGAAGCUCUUCAUCAAACAACGGGGUGCGCCGAAGGCCAGCCGAAUUGAAGUUGCACUUGACCCAAUUACAGCACGUCCCAAAGGUCAUGCAUAUGCAGACUUCGCUGAUGUGUCGUCUGCCGAGCUAGUUUUGCAGGGUGAUGGCAAGCCCAUGAAUGGGCAGCCAAUUCGCGUUUUCUUUGAGAUCCCGCUCCAUUUGUUGCGCCACGUCUGUAUCAUAGGACUUCCUGCUGCUCCAAGUUCGAGGCCAUCGCUUGGAUUGGAGCUGGGGACUUGGUGGUCUUCCGAUGUCAUGGCGAAUAUCACCGCCUUGAACCAAACCCUGCUCGCUGCUUUGGACCAGUUGGAUGGUCACGAUGGCCUGCACGCUUGGAUGGAACAAAGUCGCUGCGCAAUCCUGGUUGAUGCUUGA